AUGAGCGCCUCAGCCAGGGAGCUGGAUGGGGGCGGCGAGCCGACCAAAACUGACACAUCCUCUUCCAUAGCCACGUCCGAAGUGGGGGCCAUGGAGGGGGCCAUGGGCGGCAUGAGGAAGCUGGGCCUGGGCAUGGCGGAAGCCUUCAGCCGCGCGGCGGCAGCGGUCACCGGCGGCGGCAGCCCCGGCAGGGUCGAGGGCGAGCCGCUGGGGGAGGGGUGGGACCUGCACAAGUACGCGCAGCUGCAGCAGCGCAUCGCGGAGCUGCAGGGCCUGCAGAUCGAGGCCCAGGAGGCCCACGCCAGGCGCAGCGAGGGCUCCCUGCAGCGGCGCCUGGCCGUGGUGAGGCAGCUGCAGGAGGAUGCCCAGAAGGCGCUGGACAAGGAGCAGACGCAGUACGAGAAGCUGGGUGCCGGCAAGUGGUACCCCGGGAAGGUGCUGCUCCAGAACCAGGACAAGAAGCUGGCCGCCAGCCACCAGGCGCUGGAGCAGGGGCUGGAGCUGGUGAAGCAGCGGGAGGCACAGGUGGCGGACCUGAGGACGCAGCUGCAGCGCAUGCAGCUGCGGGUGGAGGGUUGGGAGACCAAGGCGGGUGAGCUGGCGGUGGCGCAGGCGCAGGUGGCGGUGAUGGAGGAGCGGAUGUUUGGGGCGCUGCUCUCCCCCGCCGCCUCUUCCGCCACGGAUGUGUCGCUGCGCACGAUCGACGUGGUGGAUUGCCUGUGCGCCAUGGACCAACCAGACGAGGAGGAGGAGGAGGAGGAGGUGGAGGUGAUCGGUACGGCUGCAGAGGAGCAGCAGCCAGGCCAACCUGCGAAGAAGGUGGAUGGGUUUGGGUGCUGGGGCCGCGGCCGCCUGCUGCGCCUGGUGGCAUCCACGCUGGGCAAGCCCGCAGAGGACGACAAGGACCAGUACGGGCGGUACUUCGGCGGCCGCCUGCUGCGCGUCACUGCCGACAAGCUGGAGCGGGCGGUGGCUGGGGAGGCGCUGGAAGUGGAGGUGCUCGGAUCUGAGGAGCUGGAGCUGGUGGUGGAAGGCAGCUCGUUCAAGCUGGAGGAGGCGGCGGAGGAGGCGGGGGGCACGCUGGCGGCACCGCCGCCACAGAUUGGCAAGGCGGGUGAGGGCGGCAUCAUGCGGGCGAUAGCCGACAAGCUGGGCGAGGUGGACCCCGCCAAGCCGCAGCACAAGGACCUGUUCGGCGGGUACGGCGGCGGCCGCCUGCUGCGCAUCGCGGCCGACAAGAUGCAGCGCGCGGCGGCGACGCGGCGCAAGGAUCGGCAGGCGGCGAUGGUCAAGGUGGCGGGCGGCAUCGGCGCCCACGGCUGGCAGGAUCCAGCCAUGGAUGAUGAGGAGCUCAGGGAGCUGUUCCCGCCGCACGCCGCCAAGUUCAACCCGGCACUGCACUGCCCCCCCAGCACCUUCCUGUGGACCUACCCCAACCGCUUCAUGGGGCGCCUGAAGAAGCUGCGGACCGGCGACGUGCAGCAUGCCUACUAUCGCUUUGGACCCUUUGGAUCCGACCCUAAUGCCGCCAGCGGCGGGGCCGCGACCGCGCCCGACAGCCCGGGCCGUGCCGGCGGCCGCCUGCCGCUGCUCAUGCUGUCGGGCCUGGGGUCCACCAUGGUUGCGUGGGGCGUGCCGCUGAUGCGGGCGCUGUCGGUGGAGCACGAGGUCAUCAUCAUGGACUAUCGCGGCGCCGGCCUGUCCAAGGUCUUUGCCGACAACGACCCCUGGGAUUACUUCAAGCAGGCCGAGGCGGUGCUGAUGCUGGCAGAUGCCCUCAACAUCCCUCGCUUCAAUUGGGUGGGCUGGUCCUCUGGCGGCGAUGUGGGCCUGGUGCUGGCCGCCCUGCACAGCAGGCGGCUGGGCAGGAUGGUGUCGCACGCGGGGGUGGCGGGCGGCAAGAACACGAUCGCGCCGCCCGCGCUUCGCUUCCUGGACCCAGAUGCGAACGUGUCGCUGGGCCAGACCAUGGCCCUCAUCUUCCCUCCCAACGACCCAUACAUCAAGGAGGUGUUCAGCAUGCCCAAGUCCAUUGUGGAUGCGGAGCCCUCCAAGAAGGCGGCGCGGGAGCAGUACGCGGCCGACCAGCAGUUCCUGGCGGGCGAGGAGCAGGUGUGGGACGCGCUGCCGCAGGUGGCGGUGCCCUGCCUGAUCAGCAACGGCACCGAGGAUGUGCUGGUGCCGCGCGAGAACGCGGAGCGCCUGGCGGCGCGCAUCCCGGGCGCGCAGCUGCACCUGUUCCAGGGGUGGGGCCACGGCUGGAAGGACUCCGCCAAGUUUGCGCGGGUGCUCAACGACUUCCUGUGCGCCGGCGACGAGUGA